CACAUUGAGCCUCGUUCCGCAGCUGGCCUGCUCUGAUAAGCCUCGUUCCGUCCUUCUUUCCUGACCUUGCACGCCGGCCCUCCCGUUCCUCUCCCCCAGCCAGCCCGCCAGCCCGCCCGCCCUCUUGCGCCGCGCAUGCCCUGUUGAUUCGUGACUCGCUGCUCAGCCUUGCCUUUGUCCACACACUCGCCCUCGCCCUCGCCCUCGCCCUCACACUCACACGCCAAAACUACCUCGCCGCCGCACUCCUGACCGCGGCGCACCUCCCGCGCCGCCCUGGCACACUCGCAACCCUGCCCUCGUGCAAGACCGCCGUGAGGCAUGGCCACCGCGACGCAGCUGAUGCCGUCACCAAAUGGCCUAAAGUCCAUGUCGGCAUUUAGCCCCUACACGGACUCGCCCAGCUCGCCCGGCACAUUUGCCCAAGUCUUCUCAAAUAGAUCCUCAGCACACACGUCGGACCACCUGCAACCGCCCCCCAGCCCAUAUCCCGCUACCGUAGACCCCUCGCCCGUCGACAGCAAUGGCACCGUCCACACCGACCACACCGAGAUUGAAGACGAUGCCCAGGAGAGCGCCCCGAGCGACGACGGCAUGAGUGUGAGCGACCUCCCGUCGCCCGCCACUGACGACAUUGUGAGCCCCACGAGCCACGACGAGCAACCAAAGCCCCAUACCCACAGGCUCAACACCACGGUGCGCAGGGCUGAUUCCGACGAGGCUCCCCCCUCCGUCAUCCAUGCCCCCGACAGCUUCAAGCAAUUUAGCCGCGUCAACACAUCUGGCGCGUCGUCGAGCCCAAACACGUCGGACAACACGGCCGUCGUAUCGCCCUCCACCCCAGAAGCAAACAUGCUGCCCGAUGUCGACGACAAGGACUCAUCCGCCUCUGCAUAUGCCGCUCCAAUUGAUACAGCAGUGUCCAAUUCCGUGGCCCCAGAUCGUAGUACACCGCGUGCGCAAACACGGCAGGAUUUCGAAGAGGAUCUCCGACGGCGCAGCGUCCGUAAGAGCCUGAACCUGACGGACAUUGCCGAGUAUGAAGACCACAUCGCCACUGAUUCUUCCGCAAGCUCCGUCAUCGAGCAGGACGAUAGCCAGUCGUCACAGUCCCAAGAAGGCGAAUCGGCAUCGACUGGCACUCAGACCAUGGGACAGGCCAUCAUUGGCAUUCACGAGACAGAGAAAGAGAUAGCCGCUCUUCGAAGCGCACUCGACGAAUGCUGGACCCUAUGCAACUCGCUGGCCAAAUUGAGUCAACACCACCGGACGCGCAUGUUCCACUACUCUGGCGGAAGCGCCGAUAGCCAAGAGCAUGCCUGGAGGACAUGCUGGCGCCUGUGCCAGAAACUUUACGAGAGCCGCGAGGAAGACCCUUCAGCGCAGAUCCUACCCACACUAGAGCUUUGCCGCGACUUUUGUCAAGCCCUGUUCGACGUGCGCCAGCGCGGGGACGAGGCGUCGGAUUCGGUACUUCGAGUCAGCUUCGAGCUGAACAAUCAUCUCUACAAUGCCCACGACCGCAAGCUGCCCGAGACUUUCCGUGAACGGACGCUCGACUUUUACCUGACCCUCUGCCAUCGCCUGAUGAAGCAACGGACAUCGCUUCCCGAAGAGACGGAUGCAUUACUGCAUGCUUGCUGGUCUUUGGCAGAGAUGCUCUUUAGUCUCCGCCAAAACAGCCGAGACGGGAAGCCCGCCGACGAGGAAUUGCUUGGCUCAGCCAUCCAGGCUUGCUGGGAGUUGUGUGACUUGUUCCGUGAGGGCUGGACUCAAGUGCGACCCGAGCGCAGCACCCCGCGGCCAUCUCAACACAGCUUUUCCGUAGGCCUUGGUUCGGUGACACAUCGCUCCCAGACUUCAUACUCGGAGCGAUCUGCGAGAUCUUCGAGCGUCAACGAAUCAUAUCACUCGGCCAUUCAGUCGAGGAGGGCCACGCCAAUGCAACCAGAGACUCCGACUACCAUCUUUGACGAUCGCGAGGAGUUUUCGCCCGCAGACGAGCCCAAUGUCCCCAAUAUUCUUGUUCUAGGUCCCGAGGCUGGCAUGACGCGAACCCACGAUCGCUGGUCAUCUGCUUCUUCCAAUCUCUCCACCUACUCCGACGCUUCGGCACACACGUCUUCCACCGCCACUGCCGGCCGAGAAGACCCGGCCUUGAUCCGCCUCAAAGGGCUGAUUAUGAAGGCUGCCAUCAACACGGGCUACAAUCGCCAAAUACCACUACCUGACUUUAUCCGCGCACUACCUUCCAACAGCUUCGGCACCGAAACAUGGCAAAGCCAAUUGUUCGAUAGUUACCGAAAACUGGUUCUUACGGACCCGGCCUUGCGAGGUAUUCAUGCACAACCACUUCGCCGCCUGACGGCACUCGAGAUUGGCCGAUCUGUGCAAUAUCUUGGCCGUAGCGAAGCAUUCAAGUGGCUGCGCGAGCUAUAUCGAUUUGUCUUUGGAGCCUAUCCCGAGGAUCCCAGCCAACGCAAUCUCAUCAUUAACGCCUAAAACGAUAUUCACGUGGCCAUGUCAUUCCGUAUCUUAACAAGGGUGUUACUUGGAUGGGACAUGUUAUUCGAUUUUCGCCAUAUACCCUCAACGCUCUCUUCCACAUGCCCUAUAUCGGUCCAGCAUAUUUUCAUGUUGUAGAUUAUGGAUUGCAUCUUCUCUUCUGUGUAUACCUUGAGCGUCCAUCUUUCUUCUUUAUGAAGCUUUGAAUAGGUCUAUAUAUAAUCAAUACACCAUUUG